UGUGAACGCAAUUGUGUCUGAAGAAAAUAAUAUCCAAUUUGAAUUAUUAACCUCCCUUCUCUCCCCUUUGUUUUCUAUUCUAACAGAUUCUUUGGAUUUUUUUUUUUUUUUUUUUUGGAGGGGACAGUGUCAUCUUGAGGGAAAGUAAGGAUGACCAACAGUUCUACCUUCUGCCCAGUUUACAGAGACCUGGAGCCAUUCACAUAUUUUUUUUAUUUAGUUUUCCUUGUUGGAAUUAUUGGAAGUUGUUUUGCAGCCUGGGCUUUCAUACAGAACAACACAAAUCACAGGUGUGUGAGCAUAUACUUAAUUAAUUUGCUUACAGCCGAUUUCCUGCUUACUCUGGCAUUACCGGUGAAAAUCACUGUCGACUUGGGCGUGGCACCCUGGAAGCUGAGGAUAUUCCACUGCCAGGUAACAGCCUGCCUCAUCUACAUUAAUAUGUACUUAUCAAUUAUCUUCCUAGCAUUUGUCAGCAUUGAUCGCUGUCUUCAGCUGACAUACAGCUGCAAGAUUUAUCGAAUACAAGAACCUGGAUUUGCCAAAAUGAUAUCGACUGUUGUAUGGUUAAUGGUGCUUCUUAUAACGGUGCCAAACAUGAUAAUUCCCAUCAAAGCCACGAAGGAAAAACCCAACGUGGGUUGCGUGGAAUUCAAAAAGGAGUUUGGAAGAAACUGGCAUUUGCUGACAAAUUUCAUAUGCGUUGCAAUAUUCUUAAAUUUCUCAGCCAUCAUCUUAAUAUCUAACUGCCUUGUAAUUCGACAACUCUACAGAAACAAAGAUAAUGAAAAUUAUCCAAAUGUGAAAAGAGCUCUCAUCAAGAUACUUUUGGUGACCACGGGCUACAUCAUAUGUUUUGUUCCUUAUCACAUUGUCCGAAUCCCAUACACCCUCAGCCAGACAGAGGUCAUAUCUGACUGCUCCACCAGGAUUUCACUUUUCAAAGCCAAAGAGGCCACACUGCUGCUGGCUGUCUCCAACCUGUGUUUUGAUCCGAUCCUGUACUAUCAUCUCUCAAAAGCUUUCCGCUUAAAGGUCACAGAGACGUUUGCUUCACGUAAGGAGACCAAGGCUCAGAAAGAAAAAUCAAGUUGUGAAAACAAUGCAUAAAAUAUGGGAUUUUCUCACGCUCUCUCUUCCUGCCUUACUGGACAAUUGAGUGUACAAAACUGCUGGGAAGGAGGGAAAAAAGAGCCUCCAUAAGUAAAAACACAGGCAGCUAGCAAACGUGGCUUGGUUCACUGAGAACCCCGCUUCUAAAUGCAAGCCGAGCAGCCCUCUUGUGGUUGUUGAUGCUCCUUGACGCAAACGUCUGCUCCGAAAACUAAAACGUCUGGUGGCGGCGACAUAAACCCUGCAAUACCCUUGAAAUCUAAAGGAGCUCUGUGACACAGACUGAAGCGUUCACGAGGUAUUCAUUUGAAGGCCUGGAACUGACUUCCUGAUAGAAACAUGCAAAAUAAUCUCCAUGUAAGUUUCCAGAAAGCCCUUCAGCAACACAAUUUACAGUCCUUUAGAUCGCUUAAAAAAAAAAAAAAAAAAAAGAAAGGAAAAAAAGCCAGCUGAUUUUUUACAAGAACCCACCUGUGCUGGGCCCGAUUUUGUUUUCAUCCAUCACUUCAAAAAUGGUAACCCUGUAGCUCACUACUCCAAUUUUUAAUAGCUAAGUGUUUCCUACCACAAUAGCUGAAAAUUCUUUUAAGCUUUCUUUUAAGCUUAAUUUAAAAAGGC